GCAAGUGUCAAAUGAGGACACGAGUCGGCUAAACUGAAACUGCAUCGCCGCUGAUAUGACCAGCCAAUUAAAUAUUAGCACACCCAUAUGGACGUGUUUGAUUGGUGAGGGGACUUGCCUUUUUUUCUUACGUUGACCUGAAAUAGCCUCUUGGCAGGUGAACAAAAUUUCGACUGCUUGUCCUGAAGGACGUGGGCGACUUUUUCAACUGCGUGGCCACAUUGACCAACUGUCUUGGAAUUCUGAAAAAACAAGCACUCUAUCCUAGAGAAAAAUGUCGGGACUGAAUCGUUCUUUCACUUUUCUUAAAAGUGCUGUAAGAUCACAGAUUGUGCCAAAAGCCAGCCUCACAGCCAAGCCUGCAAAGCAUGUCGUAUCUGGAGCAGAGCAGGUCUUUGUGAUGACUGUCUUUUUCGUGACCAUCCUGGGGCCAUCGGGUUGGGUCCUGGCCCACUUGGAGAGCUACAAAAAGAAAGAGUGACGCGCAGCUGCCAGCGGCCAUCCGUCCAUUCCCUUCAUGUGACCUCAGAAAUGUGAUUCUUAAUAAAUACAUCAGUGUCUGUA